AUGUUAGAUGAACUAUAUAAAGCAGAACGUGGAGAGAUGGAAAAGAAACUUCAUGCAAAAGAUGAAGUCAUUGAAUCCAAAGACAAAAGCAUACAGAAAAGAAUACCGCGUUCAGUACCAAAAGGAAAGGAAAAGAGUUAUAAGUAUAUGAUAUAUACUGAAGAGUUGGAGAAAGAAGAAGAUAAAGAUAUGGUUAUGUUGCAUUUAGUCAGAAGAAACAACAAGAGCUUUUAUGACUUAGCUAAAAUAUAUAAAUCUGACAGAAACUGGUUCUAUCGUGAAAACUUACCGAUUUCAAUGACACCGAAUGAGCAAAUAAAGGAAAUUGUCAAAAAUACUCUUCCUCAAACACACUAUGACAUCAAAGGUUGCACAAUACUUACAUUCAAAGAAGACUUAACAUUACUGAAGGAAAAAAUAACAGAAUAUUUCGAUAACUUCAAAGAGGAAGAAUAA